CGAAAACCAAGCCAAGCGAACUGGUCACACUGCACCAUAUAUAAGCCCACGAAACGGAUAUCGGCGAUUCAAACAGUCGAAAAUUUUUCUUGCUGGUCGGACGUGUUUUUUAUUGGUCGCUCGCGCUAGUAACGUUUUUUGCCCCCCGUUUUGGCCAAUGUCUGUGCGCGCGCGUGUGUGUGUGCUGCUUGCAGUUCAAAAGGGCAGCAACAACAACAAGAACAGCGCACUUCUCUUUUAAGCCAAGUCUUCGGCGCUCGCGUGUGUUUGUAUGUGUGUUGGUGUGAUUCAGAAUCGUGGCCUAGGAAGAAAUGGCAAAUUAGUUGGCUGAAAGCGGAAUCUCUGUGCUCAAUAUUCAAAUUCAGGCUAGAAAGUGUCGCGUGCGAAAGUGUGCAAAUAAUACAGCCACCAAAGAGGAGGAAUACAACUUUAAAAAAUAAAAAUAACCUGUUCUAAGCCAAGUGCCGAUUGCUCAUGUGUGUGUGCUUGUGCGUGUGAGUGUUUGCGUGGAGCAGAGAAAAGUAGAAAGAAAAGGGAGAAUGCAAUUACCAACAACAACAAGCUCAAUGAGUAUCGUUUGAAUAGCAAUAUAAUCUAGCCAAACGCAUCCCUUUCCAAUACGAAAACACGACUUGAGCCAACAAAUCAACGAUCAUGGCUAUAAUCGCGAAUGCGUCACUGCCACAACAACACAAGCAGCGGCAAGCAACAACAACAACAACCACAACAACAGUGGCGGCAUCAGUAGAAACAGCAACAACAACAGCAAGAAGUCGAGACCGCACGAAAAGCGCAGCUCAAAUUACGUCGCAUUUGCUCAAGCGCGCCAUUUCAGUUUAUUCGUCGCCUCAAUGGAUACCGCUCUUCAUACUUAUUUACUUAGCAACAGAUGUCGCCUCAGUGGCGGUGCCAACGAAGGAGGCGUACUUUAAUGGCUCCACUUACCUCCGCCUGACCACGCCGAUGCCCAUUUGGGAUCACUCGGCGAUUAGUUUCCGCUCGUGCCGCGGCGGCGAGAUCCUCGCCCAGCAGUACAACAAGAACUCCAUUGUAAUCUCAGUGCUCAAUGACUUUCUGCAAAUCUCACUGGCGGGACCCGCAGUCCAUGGGCCCAACAACCGGCUGGAUGUCAAGCUGCCCUACCAACUGCUGGACAACCGCUGGCAUACCCUGCAGUUCAAGUACGAGUACGGCAAUCUCUACCUGCAUGUGGAUCGCGCGGCAAGCAUAUUUGCCAACUCCACGUACAACAGCCAGUUCCUGACGAACCAGGACAUCGGCUACAAGGACGCCAUCUUGAUCUUGGGAAACUCCUUCUCCGGCUGUCUGCUGGAUGGACCAGGUCUGCAGUUUGUGAACAACUCGACGGUGCAGAACGUGGUCUUUGGCCACUGUCCCUUGACACCAGGUCCCUGCAGCGAUCACGAUCUUUUCACCCGACUGCCGGACAACUUCUGUCUAAAUGACCCUUGUAUGGGCCACGGAACCUGCUCGUCCAGUCCCGAGGGAUACGAGUGUCGGUGCACGGCACGUUACUCGGGAAAGAACUGCCAGAAGGACAAUGGUUCACCGUGUGCCAAGAAUCCCUGCGAGAACGGUGGUUCCUGCCUGGAGAACUCCCGAGGGGAUUACCAGUGCUUCUGUGAUCCCAACCACAGUGGUCAGCACUGCGAGACGGAGGUGAACAUCCACCCACUCUGCCAGACGAACCCGUGCCUGAACAAUGGAGCGUGUGUGGUGAUUGGCGGAAGUGGAGCACUCACCUGCGAGUGUCCCAAAGGAUACGCUGGUGCCAGGUGCGAGGUGGACACGGAUGAGUGCGCUUCACAGCCGUGUCAAAACAACGGGAGCUGCAUCGACCGGAUCAAUGGAUUUAGCUGCGACUGCAGUGGCACCGGCUACACAGGCGCCUUCUGCCAAACGAAUGUGGAUGAGUGCGACAAGAAUCCGUGCCUGAAUGGCGGCAGAUGCUUCGAUACCUACGGAUGGUACACUUGCCAGUGUCUGGACGGUUGGGGCGGUGAGAUUUGUGACCGACCCAUGACAUGCCAGACGCAGCAGUGCUUGAACGGCGGCACCUGCCUGGACAAGCCCAUCGGCUUCCAGUGCCUCUGUCCGCCGGAGUACACUGGUGAACUGUGCCAAAUCGCACCCAGUUGCGCCCAGCAGUGUCCCAUCGACUCGGAGUGCGUAGGCGGCAAGUGCGUGUGUAAGCCAGGCUCAUCGGCUUCCGACUUGGAGCCGCUGACUCCGCUCGAGCUGGACAUUCUCGACGCCACGCUGUGCCCCAGCGAAAAGAAGAAGCGCUACAUAUCGCCCGAGUGGCUCAAACGCAAGCGUUGUGAGCUAAAACUAAGCCCCAUUGGUCACUGCCUGCCAACAACAACCACACCGACACCAGAACAAGAGCCAACAACAACGCCCAGAACCACAGCAAUCCCUAACCCAGCUAUUCCCAACACCCUAACAACAACCAAGAUACCUCCAAUAACAACCAGCCGAACAUCGGUGGGAACGACCACGGCUAGCAGGAAGCCACCACAACAGCCAGUGCAAUCUGCGACCCAACGCUCGGCCUCCCUGAAUGCAUGUCCCCAAGAAAACUGCUUGAACGGUGGCACCUGCCUGGGUUAUAGUGGCAAUUAUUCCUGUAUUUGUGCUAGUGGAUACACAGGUUACAACUGUCAAACGAGCACGGGCGAUGGAGCGGCUGCUUUGGCCCUGACACCCAUCAACUGCAAUGCCACCAAUGGAAAGUGCCUCAAUGGAGGCACUUGCUCCAUGAACGGAACCCACUGCUAUUGCGCCGUCGGCUAUUCGGGAGAUCGUUGCGAGAAGGCCGAGAACUGUUCGCCACUGAACUGCCAGGAACCGAUGGUGUGUGUCCAGAAUCAGUGCCUCUGUCCGGAGAACAAGGUGUGCAACCAGUGCGCCACCCAACCCUGCCAGAAUGGCGGAGAAUGCGUGGACCUACCGAAUGGCGACUACGAGUGCAAGUGCACCCGGGGAUGGACUGGACGGACCUGUGGCAACGACGUGGACGAGUGCACCCUGCAUCCGAAGAUCUGCGGCAAUGGCAUUUGCAAGAACGAGAAGGGAUCGUACAAGUGUUAUUGCACACCUGGAUUUACUGGAGUCCACUGCGAUUCCGAUGUGGACGAAUGCCUCAGCUUCCCUUGCCUCAACGGAGCCACGUGUCACAACAAGAUAAAUGCCUACGAGUGCGUUUGCCAACCAGGAUAUGAGGGCGAGAACUGCGAAGUGGACAUCGAUGAGUGCGGUAGUAAUCCCUGCUCGAACGGAUCCACCUGCAUCGACAGGAUCAACAACUUCACCUGCAACUGCAUUCCGGGAAUGACGGGUCGCAUCUGUGACAUCGACAUUGACGACUGUGUGGGGAAUCCCUGCUUGAAUGGAGGCCAGUGCAUCGACCAAUUGGGUGGUUUCCGUUGUGACUGCAGUGGCACCGGCUAUGAGGGCGAGAAUUGUGAGCUGAACAUAGACGAAUGCCUCUCGAAUCCGUGCACGAAUGGUGCCAAGUGCGUGGACAGGGUGAAGGACUACUUCUGCGAUUGUCACAACGGCUACAAGGGAAAGAACUGCGAGCAGGACAUCAACGAGUGCGAGAGUAAUCCCUGCCAAUACAAUGGCAACUGCCUAGAGCGUUCCAACAUGACGCUCUACCAAAUGAGUCGGAUCACCGACCUGCCCAAGGUGUUUAGCCAGCCCUUUUCCUUUGAGAAUGCCAGCGGAUACGAGUGCGUCUGUGUGCCCGGCAUCAUUGGCAAGAACUGCGAGAUCAACAUUAAUGAGUGCGACAGUAAUCCCUGCAGCAAGCACGGAAACUGCAAUGAUGGGAUCGGCACCUAUACUUGCGAAUGCGAACCUGGCUUCGAGGGCACCCACUGUGAGAUCAACAUAGAUGAGUGUGAUCGCUAUAAUCCCUGCCAGAGGGGCACUUGCUAUGACCAGAUAGACGACUACGACUGCGACUGUGAUGCGAACUAUGGAGGCAAAAACUGUUCCGUGCUUCUCAAAGGCUGUGACGAGAAUCCUUGCUUAAAUGGCGGCGCCUGCUUGCCGUAUCUGAUCAACGAGAUAACUCAUCUGUACAACUGCACCUGCGAGAACGGCUUCCAAGGCAAUAAAUGCGAAAAGACCACCACACUGUCAAUGGUGGCCACUAGUUUGAUUUCGGUGACCACGGAACGCGAGGAGGGCUACGACAUUAAUCUUCAGUUUAGGACCACUCUGCCCAACGGAGUUCUGGCCUUUGGAACCACCGGCGAAAAGAAUGAACCAGUUAGCUACAUUUUGGAGCUGAUUAAUGGACGACUUAAUCUACAUUCCUCGCUACUAAACAAGUGGGAGGGCGUGUUUAUCGGAUCGAAGCUGAACGAUAGCAACUGGCACAAGGUGUUUGUGGCCAUUAAUACUUCGCAUUUAGUCCUCUCGGCCAACGACGAGCAGGCCAUCUUUCCGGUUGGCUCCUAUGAAACGGCCAACAACAGCCAACCCUCAUUCCCGCGUACAUAUCUGGGCGGCACCAUUCCCAAUCUGAAGUCCUAUCUGCGCCACCUCACCCACCAACCGUCAGCUUUUGUGGGCUGCAUGCAAGACAUCAUGGUCAACGGUAAAUGGAUCUUCCCCGAUGAGCAGGAUGCGAAUGUCAGCUAUACCAAGCUGGAAAAUGUCCAAAGCGGUUGUCCUCGCACCGAGCAAUGUAAACCGAAUCCCUGCCAUUCAAACGGUGAAUGCACGGAUCUUUGGCACACCUUCGCUUGCCAUUGUCCCAGACCAUUCUUUGGACACACAUGUCAGCACAAUAUGACUGCGGCCACUUUUGGCCAUGAGAACACCACCCACUCGGCUGUGAUUGUGGAGACCACAGAUGUGGCUAGGCGAGCCAUUAGAUCCAUUCUAGACAUUUCCAUGUUUAUACGUACCCGCGAGCCAACCGGUCAGGUCUUUUACUUGGGCACCGAUCCACGCAAAGCGCCCACUAAAAAUAUUGGUGACUCAUAUGUGGCGGCCAAGUUACAUGGCGGAGAACUGCUGGUAAAGAUGCAGUUCAGCGGCACUCCGGAGGCCUACACCGUUGGUGGCCAGAAGUUGGACAACGGCUAUAACCACCUGAUCGAGGUGGUGCGCAAUCAAACGCUCGUGCAGGUGAAGCUCAAUGGCACCGAGUACUUCCGCAAGACGCUGUCCACGACGGGUCUGCUGGACGCACAGGUGCUUUACUUGGGCGGACCUGCACCCACACGCGAGUCACUUCUGGGAGCGACCACAGAGCCAGGAGUAAUUCCGGUUCCGGGAGCAGGAGUACCCAUUGAAGACACUACAGUGCCCAAGGAGGCGGACGACAGCAGAGACUACUUUAAGGGCAUAAUACAGGACGUGAAGGUCAGCAACGGCUCGCUUAACCUGAUUGUGGAGAUGUAUUCCCUGAAUGUGACAGACGUCCAAGUGAAUGCCAAGCCACUCGGCGCUGUAACCAUAGAUCGCGCAUCUGUGUUACCUGGUGAGGUGUCCGAUGAUCUGUGCCGAAAGAAUCCCUGCCUUCAUAAUGCCGAGUGCAGGAACACAUGGAACGACUACACUUGCAAGUGCCCCAAUGGCUACAAGGGCAAGAAUUGCCAGGAGAUCGAGUUCUGCCAACACGUUACAUGUCCGGGGCAGAGCUUGUGCCAAAAUCUGGACGAUGGCUAUGAGUGUGUUACCAACACUACUUUUACCGGUCAGGAACGCAGCCCCCUUGCCUUCUUCUAUUUCCAGGAGCCGCAAUCUGACGAUAUUGUCAGUGAAGCGGCUCCCAAGCAAACCCUUAAACCGGUGAUUGACAUUGCCUUCCGCACUCGUGCUGGAGGAACUCUCCUGUACAUCGACAAUGUGGACGGAUUCUUUGAAAUCGGAGUAAACGGGGGACGAGUGACCAUCACCUGGAAGCUCAGUGCGCUGCAUUUUGGCGAGUCUGCCCGCUUUGAGAAGGAGAACACUGAUGGAGAAUGGAGUCGCAUUUAUCUAAGGGCACACAACAGCAAAUUGGAGGGUGGAUGGAAGGGAUGGGAAUCGAUGGUGGACCCGACGCCAGCCUUUUCCACGGACAUCGACCAAGCGGCCUUCCAGUCCCUGAUCGCUACGAGUACCCAGGUAUACUUGGGCGGCAUGCCAGAGUCGCGACAAGCACGAGGAUCCACUCUGUCCGCCCAACAGGGCUCCCAAUUCAAGGGCUGUGUAGGAGAGGCAAGAGUGGGCGAUCUUCUACUGCCCUACUUCUCCAUGGCGGAACUGUAUUCGCGCACCAAUGUUUCGGUACAGCAAAAGGCCCAAUUCCGACUAAAUGCCACGCGACCUGAGGAGGGCUGCAUCCUGUGCUUCCAGUCGGACUGCAAAAAUGACGGCUUCUGUCAGUCUCCAUCGGAUGAGUACGCCUGCACCUGCCAGCCUGGAUUCGAGGGCGAUGAUUGCGGCACGGACAUCGACGAGUGUCUUAACACGGAAUGCAUGAACAACGGCACCUGCAUCAACCAGGUGGCAGCCUUCUACUGCCAGUGUCAGCCAGGAUUCGAGGGUCAGCACUGUGAGCAGAACAUCGACGAGUGUGCGGAACAGCCGUGCCACAACGGCGGCAACUGCACGGAUCUAAUCGCCUCGUAUGUGUGCGACUGCCCAGAGGACUAUAUGGGCCCACAGUGCGACGUGCUGAAGCAAAUGACCUGCGAGAACGAGCCAUGUCGGAACGGCUCAACCUGCCAGAAUGGAUUCAAUGCUGCUACUGGCAAUAACUUUACAUGCACUUGUGUACCCGGCUUCGAGGGUCCACUUUGCGACAUUCCCUUCUGUGAAAUAACGCCUUGCGACAACGGUGGUCUCUGUCUGACCACUGGAGCGGUACCGAUUUGCAAGUGCAGCCUGGGAUACACUGGUCGUCUGUGCGAGCAAGACAUUAACGAGUGCGAAUCGAAUCCAUGCCAGAACGGAGGUCAGUGCAAGGACCUCGUCGGCAGGUAUGAGUGCGACUGCCAGGGCACCGGGUUCGAGGGCAUUCGCUGUGAGAAUGACAUCGACGAGUGCAGCGUGGAGGGAGAUUACUGCGGCGGAUUGGGCCGGUGUUUCAACAAGCCCGGAUCCUUCCAGUGCAUCUGCCAGAAACCCUAUUGCGGAGCCUACUGCAACUUUACGGAUCCCUGCAACGCUACGGACCUCUGCUCCAACGGCGGUCGCUGCGUAGAGUCCUGUGGCGCCAAACCGGACUACUACUGCGAGUGUCCGGAAGGUUUUGCGGGCAAGAACUGCACAGCACCGAUUACGGCCAAGGAGGACGGACCCUCGACCACAGACAUUGCCAUCAUUGUAAUUCCCGUAGUGGUGGUGCUGCUGCUAAUCGCAGGAGCCCUUCUGGGCACCUUCCUGGUGAUGGCCAGGAACAAGCGGGCCACCAGGGGCACCUACAGCCCGAGCGCGCAAGAGUACUGCAACCCACGGCUGGAAAUGGACAACGUGCUGAAGCCACCGCCGGAAGAGCGACUUAUUUAGUUUUGAGUUUUGAGCAUGAACGACGAUUAGCAAAGCAAACAAAAGAUAUUUUUAAAUCCGCCCAUAUACACCUAGCUGUAGGAGUAACGCAAUGUUUUGUACUAAGUUGGCCCCUAGAUACGGUUUACAUCUUAAGGUGCUCAAAGCAAUAGCAGCAGCAGCAGCAGCAGCAGCCAGGCUUCCACCUCGACUCGUUCCGAUCCCCCUGCCUACGCUUUAGUUAGUUAAUAAUGCCGUUGUCUAUUUAUUCUAGUAGUUUAGAUGACAUACGUACCGCCCUAUAGUCGUUAUGUAGUUAUGUUCCGAUAGUUUAGAUUCAGUAUUCGAUUUCUCGUAUAUGUAAUCCUAAAGCUGCGAACAAAGUUGCGCUCUGACGUCGAUUUUCCCUUUGCAUUCCGCAAGGAAGCCCAUCAAAUGUAUUGUACGAGUAUUUUUGUAAAUAAGAUUGUUUGCCGACUCUUAAACUAAAUUAGCUGAGCUAAAAUCGAAAUUAAAAACCGAAAAUCCUAUAUGCCUAUAUAUACGCGAGUAUAUAUAUCAGUAAAUGUGGCCUUAUAACAAAAAAAGUUAGUAACGAAAAGCAAUGACAACUAUAAGAACAGAGAAAGUAUUGAUUAAGUAAAUCAAAUAAAAAACAUAUUUUGCUCUAGGAUGUCUAAGCGUAAACUUAAGAGACUGUACUAUAUAAUAAAUAUUAAAUAUUUCGAUUUUUUCCAA